AUGGCCGCUUGUGAGCUAGUGUCGCGCACCUACCUCGUCUUUCAGGCGGGAGCUUGUUUCAAGCCAGCCGCCAUUCUCCUCUUCUUCAUCGUUACCGAAGCUGCUACUCGUACAAGGGCAAGUCUAGCGGCGCUUUUGCAAAAGGACGAUAUCCGCAAGUACUGGCAAAUGGGCUCAGUAAGAGAAGUGAAGGCAUUCUUGUGCGAGGAAAUUGCUCGGGACUUCUCUAUGCUGACCUUUGCCCACCUGCUGGGUGUUCAGCAGUCGUCAACCACACUUCUAGCACCCCUCCGCCGACCGACUGAACAGGAAAUCGCGGAGGUAAUCCCUGAAUACUACCAGCAUCGUCUGGCGCCUGCACCACUGAGCUACGCUCAAGUUGUAGAGCCAAGCUACCUCAAGCAACCACUGCGGCUGCCCUAUUUAGAUACGCCAAAGCCGUCGCUAGAGCUGAGUUCUUCAAAGCGGCCGCUCCAGCCGCUCACAUUACGACCCACCUCCGCCUACGUCACCAACGUCACGCCCAGCUCCAUCUACCCGCCGUUCAAAGUCUCCACGACGUCGGUCACUCUCGCCGGUGUGGCCACGUCCGUUCGCACGAGACCAGGAAAACUACUCUUCGCUGCCCACGAGCCAAGUGCCACGAUAUGCUUGUCCUUUGGAGCCUCUGAUCCAGAAUGUGUGAAGAAGUCUUCGAGGCCACCUCAUAUAAUUUUUCUCCUCGCAGAUGAUCUCGGAUGGAACGACGUCAGUUUCCAUGGGUCGCGGCAGAUACCGACUCCGAAUAUAGACGCCCUGGCUGCGAAUGGUGUCAUUCUGCAGCGUCACUACGCGACUCCUGUGUGCUCGCCUUCACGUGCAGCCUUCAUGACAUCACGCUACCCGCCAGGAAUCGGCAUGGACUACGUGCCGUUGGAUUUUGCCUCGAAAGCAGCCCUCCCACUCCACAUCGAGGUGCUACCUCAGUGGCUCAAGAGACUGGGAUACAGUACGCACAUGGUAGGAAAGUGGCACCUUGGAUACAACAGUUUCGAGCACACACCAACUGGACGCGGCUUUGACACCUUUUUCGGCUACUACAACGGCUUACAAUACUAUUACAAUCAUACCGGGAAACAGAACGGGCACUGUGGCCUGGAUUUCUGGCGCAACGUCGGCAACACAACGGAAAUUGUCACCGACCUCAACGGCACAUACUCAACGCACGCGUACACGGACGAGGCAAAGCGUAUCAUCGCCGACCACGACGCCGAAAAGCCUCUAUUUCUAUACCUCAGCUAUCAAGCAGUACACGCCAGCUGCAAAGAUUGCAACGUAGAGGCGCCCGAAGAAAUUAUUGAAAGAUUUUCUUACAUCGAGGCCUACAACCGCACAUUGUAUGCAGGAGCAGUGCACGUGCUCGACCGUUCCAUCGGUGAUGUGCUGGCCGCUCUGCAGUCUCGCGGUAUGCUCGCCGACAGCAUUGUUGUGUUUGCCAGUGACAACGGAGCCGCACCGGUUGAGGGAAUCCCCGCCCCAAACGCCGGGUCCAACUGGCCCCUGCGGGGAGCGAAAGGAAACGUGUGGGAAGGCGGCGUGCGGACGUCUGCGGUGUUCUGGUACGGUCGCCUGAGCGGUCGUUCGCCACGGCCGCCCUCGCAACAGAUUAUGCACAUCGUCGACUGGGCACCCACUUUCUACGCCGCCGCAGGAGGACACGUUUCUGAGCUCGGUGACGUGGACGGGCGAGACCUGUGGGAGACGCUGUCCUGCGGUGGAGACACAGAACGCGGAGAUGUAAUUUUGGAAAUCGAUGGCAUGGAUACGGCGUCGGCUAUCAUCUCUGGCAGGUACAAGCUCGUUAACCGUUCGCAAUCGGGGAGUGGCCUACUUCUCGACAGUCGAGUGGCCCCACCGGAAGGCAGUCCUCCUGAAGAACUCGACCUGGACGCCCUCAUGGAGUCUUCCAAUGCUUGGCGAGCACUGCAGCAAGCCCAUUUUGACGCCGGCGAUAACAAUCACUCUGCUCCCAGAAAAACCUGGCGCCAAGAGUUGAUCGUUAAAUGCAGCCGCAACGCUAUAUCGGAAGGCCACCAGCGAGUCGCGGACAACUUUGAGCCUCGCGACACCGUCUUCCUGUUCGACGUAUUCAACGACCCAUGCGAGCUGAACAACCUCGCCUCGACCGAGCCUGUGUUGCGCGACACGUUGCUAAACAAACUGGCCACAUACCGAUCACACUUGCCGAGCAACCCUGUGAGCCACGAGGUGGACGAACGCGGAUUACCGGAGAUCCACCGCUGCACGUGGUCAACCUGGCUGGAUGUGCAGCCGGCGGAGUACCUGAACUGUCCAUGCUGA